UUCGUACCUACAGUUUUGUCUAUUUUAAUAUUUUAACUUUCUUGUGUUGUAUUUUAAUUCGGAACACUUGUGUCGUGUUUUAAUUCGUAACAUGGAUCGAGGUGCAGAAUAUUUUGACUUGGUAAAACACGUUCAAAGAGUUACAAAAGCUCCUAAAAACGUUGUUAAAUACCAUUGCAAAAAACUACGUUUGCCUCGAUUCAAGAAACCAAUUGAUCGUCUUAUUGAUCGUCUCAUUCGAGACGUUUUAAACAAUUCGGUUUCAGACAAUGAUGAAGACGACAAACAAAUUCCAAAGUCGCAGGAUCGACCCGAGCAAAUUUACGAUGAACUAGAAAAUGUUAACAUCUAAUUGGUGCAUCAUUUAUGUGACAUGUUUCCUGAUGCUUGUCCUCGUUAUAUCAGAAAUCUGUGUCAGAAUAAAGCCAUGAAUGAUGCUGUUGUGGAUGAAUUAAUCACAGUUAUUUUUAGUACAAACAAUGAGUAUCCAAAACGAGCGCUCCCCAUUCCUGACUCGGAAUUUAACCCGGAAAAUCAGUUUGAAAUCCUCCGGGAAGUGCUUUCGGAUGCUGAUCCUGAUUUUCUCCAGAUGAUGUGUGAUAAAUUCGAAGGAAAGCCAGAAAGUGUAGAAACUUUCAUUAACGAAACCCUGCAAAAACAAAAUUAUCCCAAAUUGAAAGAUUACGAACGUAAACAACAACUAUCAUCACAACAAAAGCAAUAUACCAGUGAUUUCAACGUGAAAAACUUCGUGAAAAUAAUUCCCAAUCCCGAGGAAUUUUUCAAUGAAAAAUCACGAACACUGAAAUUGGAUCCAUCUGAUACUGAAUAUGUUUUGGUUUUCCUGAGAAACACAUUCAAUAAAAUGCCGAUUCGCACGAUCCAAAGGAUUUUCCACGCAAAUUCGACUGACAACAACUGCAAUCUGGCAAAAACUUUCAAUCAAUUAGAAGAAAUGCAAAAUUCCGAGACUGAAACAAUGAAAAGUGUUCGCAAACCCACACGAAUGGAUACCAACAUCACCAAUAUUCCACUUCUGCAAGAGAUCGCAUAUUUGAGUCAUCGACACGAAAUCACCCAUUACCUCACCGAAUUGAAGAAACGGGAAAAUUUGGAACGCGAAGAAGCGAGAAAUCGCGGCUUAAUGCAAACAUGUAAUUGUUGCUUCGACGAAGAAGUUCUCCCACGUGACAUCCACACGUGUGGAAACAAUUGCAAAUUUUGUAAAUCUUGCAUUGUAAAAAGUGUCGAAGUGGCGUUUGGUGAAGGAAAACUGUCAUUUCCAUGUCUCGGCAAUUGUGAAUCAUCAUUGAGUCUUCAAACAUUACAAGCCGUUUUGAGUCCGAAAUUAUUCUCAAAAAUCGCCCAAAGGAAAGCUCUCGAAGAGAUAAAAUCUGCAGGAAUUGAGGAGCUGGAAAUGUGUCCUUUCUGCGUUUUUGCCACGAUUCCUGCCGCAGGCUACAGCAUUUUCACAUGUUUAAAUCCUGAAAGCAUGAAAGAGUCUUGCAGGAUGUGCAAAAAUCCAUCGCAUGCUCCUUUAAGGUGCGAAGAAGUCGAAGAAGAUGCUGAUGUCAAGGCUCGUACUUUUGUUGAGAAUAAAAUGACUGAGGCUUUGUUGAGGAAAUGUUAUAAAUGUGGAGUGAAAUUUUUCAAGGAAGAGGGCUGUAAUAGAAUGACUUGUUCUUGUGGGGCCUCGAUGUGUUACAUAUGUGAAGAACCAGUCACCGGUUAUAAGCAUUUUAAUGGAAAUGGGGGCGAUCGUUACAAUUUGUGUCCUUUAUAUAGUGAUACUCACGAUGUUAAUAAGAAAAAUGUGCUCAAGGGGGCUGCUGAGGCUAAAGCCGAGUUGGGAAAUGUGGUCUUGAAGCAUGACCCAACAAAAGAUGUGCAAGAACACUACAAUGAGAGGAAAAGGAAACUUCCAUUAAAUCAUCUAGUCGGCUUCGUUAAUGAAAGUUUCUACACUUUCUGGCUUUCCUUCGAAUUUAUCACACAUCAUCUGGAGAAAAUCAGGAUCAGCAUCCGGAAGCACUUCCCGGAGGAUUUCAAACUGAUUUUCCGGGUUAAAUUCCGGGUCAGGAAUGGGGAGCGCUCGUUUUGGAUACUCAUUGUUUGCUAAAAAAAAUAUUUAAACAAUUGAAUUUCUAAAAAUUGCCCCAACUCACUACUAAAAAUAACUGUGAUUAAUUCAUCCACAACAGCAUCAUUCAUGGUUUUAUUCUGACACAGAUUUCUGAUAUAACGAGGACAAGCAUCAGGAAACAUGUCACAUAAAUGAUGCACCAAUUGGAUGUUAACAUUUUCUAGUUCAUCGUAAAUUUGCUCGGGUCUAAAACCAAACAAUAAAUUCCAUUUCGGUACAAAACCCAACUUACCGAUCCUGCGACUUUGGAAUUUGUUUGUCGUCUUCAUCAUUGUCUGAAACCGAAUUGUUUAAAACGUCUCGAAUAGACGAUCAAUAAGACGAUCAAUUGGUUUCUUGA